GGACACCUCAAAUAUGCCAAAUGAUAUGAGUGAUGUUAUCUUAAUGGCUCUGCAGGACGUGAAGCGGGAAAACAAGGACCUUAGUCAGCUGAAGCUUGCAUUAUACUGGAACAGAAUCGACACUGCCAGUGAUAUCAUGCAAAACAUAAGCAGAGAGAAUCUCAAAACCGUUUUCGAUGACAACGAGAUGAUAACAUCUGCUCUGGUGUUGGAUAGAUGUGACUUCAUGGAUAUCUUUCUCGUAAAAGGCAAGGACAUGACAAGCUAUUUGACGAAGGAAAUGCUCCAAAAACUGUAUCUUGAGAUUCCAAGUGACGGUGUUCUGAGAACCAUUUUGUCGAAAGCUCGGAUAAUAACCGAUUUAGGAAAAGAUGAAACAUGUUUGGAGAAUAUUGGAAAAUUAAUCACACAUCUUCUCGGACAAUUUUAUGACGUCCACCCUACAUAUACAAAAUCAGCAGACGUGGCAUCAGACAACCCAUUUCUACACUUGUUUCUAUGGUGUGUCUUGUCAAACAGACAGGAGAUGGCAAAGCGUUUUUGGAAAUAUGGAAAGGACCAAGUCGCCUCCGCUUUAGUCGCUUACGGUUUGUUGAAGAAAAUGGCGUUUGUGAUUGACAACAAAGACUUGGAAGCGUCAUUGAACGACAAUGCAGAUGAAUUUUGCCAGCUUGCACAAACAAUGUUGACCAAGUGUAAAGAAUCAAAUGAACAGAAGACUAUGGACAUGCUGGCGACACGAAUGGAGGAUUGGGGUAAUGCGACAUGCAGAAAGAUCGCAUGGAUAACCGAAAACAAGAGUUUUGUCACCCAUCCUUUCUUCCAAUCAGUGUUGAGUAAAGAGUGGAUGGGCGAGUUGUCUCUAAUCAAUCGAUGGACAGGGCUAACAAUACCUCUGUGCGUUGUGCCACCAAUGCAACUAUUAAUACCGUGCCUCAUCAGAUUCAAGAUAGAUGAUGAGAACGAGCAAAGACAAAACAAGGCAUCCACCAGUCCAUGCUGUUCUGGAAGAUCAACCUACUGUGGCAAGAUUAUAAGUUUCUACAAGGCACCCGUAGUGAAGUUCGUGGGGAACUCUAUGAUCUAUGUAGCAUUUCUUAUGCUAUUUGCCUAUACCCUUCUGUCCCGAUUCGGCACAACUUUAACUGCCUUUGAAGUCGCAUUGGUAGUAUGUGUGUCCAUUUUGUUUUUUGACGAAAUACUCCAGUUGAAGUCAACGGGUCCUGAAAUAUAUUUUCAAGAUAAAUGGACUUAUUUCGACAUUUCUAGAGUCAUCCUCUUCGUUUGUGGGUUUUGCUUGUUCCUGCUAGAACCGAGGGUUGUUUCACCGGGACUUGGACGCAUGACAUGUUCCUUCUCAUUUAUAAGUCUGUGUCUAAGUCUGAUUGGACUGUUUUCAUUUCAUGAGAAAAUUGGACCACAGCUGCAGAUGAUAACGAAAAUGUUCUUUGACCUGCUUUCCUUUUUGGCGAUUCUGUCGGUUUGCGUGAUAACGUAUGCCAUAGCAGCUUAUGCCAACCUAUACCCUGCCUCAAGGAUUGAUGGGGAUCUUGUCUUCAAUCUACUCCGCAUCCCGUAUUGGAAUCUGUAUGGGGAACUGAAUCUGGAAGUCCUUGAACUCAAAGAGCCGGACUGCACCUUCGACCGAUUCCUCUACGAGAAUGGUACCCUUCCUCGUUGUCCCACGACGAUCGGAACUUACUUGGUACCUUUACUUAUGGGAAUAUAUAUGAUGUUUGCAAGCAUCUUACUACUAAAUCUGCUCAUCGCAAUGUUUAGUAACUCGUAUGCGAAAGUACAAGCUGAAACACAUCUGCACUGGUGCUAUCAGCGAUUCACACUCAUUCACGAAUGCUCUAGCCGUCCGCGGAUGCCUCUGCCGUUCAUACUUAUAUCAAAACUGUUUACAAUGGUUUGCUGCUGCUGGCCCUGCAAGAAAUGUAGAAGAAGUAGGAAGGAUGAUUACGAAGCAGCUCCCCGCACUGAUCCAGUGAAUGACAAGAAAUGCAACUCUCUGGUUUUGUGGGAGAAGGCGGUGGCAAAUGAAUUCAUGCAUGGAAUCUACAAAGGGAGAACAGCACAGUUGUAAUAUACAAACAGACAAACUUAGCUAUAACGUGUGACAACCAUAAUAUAAUCUACUUGGUCAUUACGAUUGCAUUCAUGUCUUACGAUCAAAUAUUAAUUUUUAGUAAAAUCUAUUUUAUCAUUUCUUUUAACACUGAGGCUUUUAUUUAAAAAAAGUCAACUUUUUGCAAUCUAUUAUUUAUACUUUUGUAGGUUUUAUGUAAAGAUUCGUCUAGUUGCUGUUUAUCAAAAUGGACUUCGAAAGCAACAAAUUUCCUCAUCUAACUCAUAUGCAUGUUAUAUAAGAUUCAUCAAGUUAUUUCUUUUUUAACAAAGUGGUCUCUAUCUCGAAAAAGCAAUGUUUUUUAAACUUCUUAUUUAUGCAUGUACAUAUGUUGAUUUUCUGUAAAGACUCAUCAAAUUAAAUGUUCUUAACACAGUGGCUUUUACCUCGAAGACAAGUCAAUUUCUUCAAACCUAGGAUUAAAACAUAUAUUACUUUUAUAUAAAGACUCGUCAAAUAUAUCUUUUUCAACAAAAGUAAGCUUGUACCAGGAUGUAGAGAACCUUCCUACGAAGAGCGUCUGAAAGAACUACAGCUACCGCAGAAUGAGAGGGGAUUUAAUAACAGUUUUUAAAAUAAUUAUCAAUCUAUUUCAUGAAAGAGUCAUUUUCACUUUUUUUACCUCGAUAUAAAUAGCAGAACACGAGGUCAUAAGCACAAAAUGUACACAAAUUGAUGCAACACGGAGUUAAGGAGAAACUGAUACACAUUUAGAGUAGUAAAUGAAAAGACUUUUUAUUAAACGUAAUUUCAUUUAUUUCGAUAAAAAUAAGUUUCUUGAUACUUCCUCAUUCAUUUAUAUACGUAACCAGUUUAAAAUAUCUAUAUCGGGGCAUGCUAUUUGCAUCCUAAAAUAGUUGCUCAAAUGAUAAGUUUAUAAUAUGAUACACACUGAACUGUUCUAGGCUGUUAGGCAUAUGCUAAAUGGUUGUAACAUAUUGUCAAUGCGUAAACGUUUUUUAAGGAGUAAUUUUACGAACCGGAAAUUCGAAUAUAUUUGAAACCGGAAGUAGGUUGUUAACCUCUUGUAUAGUUCGAGUGAUGAGGACCAUGCAGUUUGGGUCAUUAAAACUUAUAUAUACUUCCUUUCUCACGGUUCGCGUCACGGACUCUUCUCAACCGGCUCAGACUCUUCGUGGAGACAGUCACGCCACGACAGGGAUGUGGAAGGGCCUGGACACUUCAUUCACAUUUAAUGUAAUAAAUGUGUGGAAUAAAAUACCUGUACAUAUUGUUAAAGUUCAAACAAUUAGGGAGUUUGGAGGUUUAGUGUAAAAACAAUUAACAGAAACAAUAUAUGAUAUGUGAAACAGAGAAUCAUCGUGCUUAUAUAUUUAUAAUCUUGUUAUUGACACUCCGACAGACUAUUUUGUUAAAUAUUUGUUGAACCUAUAGGCUUUAAGUCUUCGUCAAUUAUUAUUCAAUUAAAUACAAUUACAUUUAUACGUAUGUAGGUUUUAUGUAAAGCCUCAUCAAAUUUGUCUUCUUUUUAACGAAAUGUUUUUUUAUUUCAAUAAAACAGGAAGUUUUCUGAUACUUCUGC